UAACUUAUUAACCUAGUAUAUUAAUCAGGAGUUCGUGUUUCAUUGAUAUUUUCAAUCAAAAUGUUCAAAUUCUAGCUAGGUUAGCUAGCCUACUCGCUUGUCCAGCCUUAGCUAAGCUAACGCCGGAGAAAGUAGGAUGGGAGAGAAGCUGGAACUCAAGUUGAAGUCGCCGGUUGGAGCCGAAGCUGCGGGUUAUCCGUGGCCUUUACCAGUAUAUGAUAAACACCAUGAUGCCGCACACGAAAUCAUUGAGACCAUUCGGUGGGUGUGUGAGGAGAUUCCAGACCUUAAACUGGCCAUGGAGAACUACGUCCUCAUUGACUACGACACCAAAAGUUUUGAGAGUAUGCAGAGACUGUGUGACAAAUACAACCGAGCCAUUGACAGCAUACACCAGCUGUGGAAAGGCACUACUCAACCCAUGAAACUAAACAAACGCCCAUCCAACGGCCUCCUGCGACACAUCCUGCAGCAGGUGUACAACCACUCUGUCACUGACCCUGAAAAACUCAACAACUAUGAGCCCUUUUCCCCGGAGGUCUACGGGGAGACGUCCUUCGACCUGGUGGCGCAGAUCAUCGAUGAGAUGGAGCUGAUGGAGGAUGAUACGUUUGUGGACCUUGGCAGCGGGGUCGGUCAAGUAGUUCUUCAGGUCGCAGCGGCCACCAACUGUAAACACUACUACGGAGUGGAGAAAGCGGACAUUCCAGCCACAUAUGCAGAGUCAAUGGACAGAGAGUUUAAGAAAUGGAUGAAAUGGUAUGGGAAGAAACAUGGAGAGUAUACGCUGGAGAGAGGAGAUUUCCUCUCGGAGGAAUGGAGAGAAAGAAUAGCCAACACAAGUGUUAUUUUUGUGAAUAACUUUGCCUUUGGUCCAGAGGUGGAUCACCAGCUGAAGGAACGCUUUGCAAAUAUGAAGGAAGGUGGAAAAAUUGUAUCCUCAAAACCUUUUGCACCUCUAAAUUUUAGAAUAAACAGUCGUAACUUGAGUGACAUCGGCACAAUAAUGAGAGUGGUGGAGCUGUCUCCACUGAGGGGGUCCGUCUCCUGGACAGGGAAGCCAGUGUCCUACUAUCUGCAUACAAUAGACCGGACCAUACUUGAAAACUAUUUUUCUAGUCUCAAAAAUCCUAAACUCAGGGAGGAGCAGGAGGCAGCUAGGCGCCGGCCGCAGAAAGACAGCAAAGACAACAAGAGUAACACCACCACCCCCACUAAGGCCAAGGACCACAAGGUACCCCACGAUUCGGGCGAAGAGGAGGAUCGGUCGGGGCUGCUGUCUGUCGUGAAACCGUCACCGAAACCUCGGCGCGCCCGACUCCUCACCAAGGGCCGCAAGCUGGGCAGCCGCAAGCGCGGGCGUCCCAAGAAAGCCGCCGCGACCGCGGCCGAACGCAACAACAAGAAGAGCCAGAGCGCCUUGGACCUGUUACACGCCAAGACUCUCUCUGCUGCCCCGCCUCAGGACGUGUACAGGUCACCUCAGAGUCCAUUCUACCAGCUACCCCCCAAAGUUCAGCAUUAUACAUCCAGUCAGCUGCUCCUGGGUCCCUCUCCUCCAGGACUCCAGCAAUUCCUGGAUAACAUUAAAGUGCAGUACCUUCAGUUCUUGUCCUAUAUGAAGACUCCUCAGUACCGCACUAACCUGCAGCAGGCCCUGGAGCAGGAGAAGAUCAGACACAGUGAGCUGUCCAACCAGGCCCAGCUGCUGAUGAAUGCAUGUCACACACACAAAGAGACCAUCAAAGAACUUUUCCAGUCCAAACUGGAGGAGUUGGGGGUGAAGGCAGUGACCGUUGAAGACCUGGUCCAGGCACAGAAAGAGAUCACAGCCCAUAACAUGCAGCUGAGAGAACAGACCAAGCAGCUGGAGAGAGACAUGGCAGAGCUGAGGGACCAAAGUCUUCGACUGUUGAAGGCUCGUUGUGAAGAGCUGAAACUGGACUCGGGCUCUCUGUGUUUGGAGACUCUGAUGAAGGAGAAACAGAAUCUACGCAGGCAGAUCUCUGAGAAACAGAGACACUGUCUGGAACUGCAGAUCAGCAUUGUGGAGCUGGAGAAGAGUCAGAGACAGCAGGAGCUACUGCAGCUCAAAUCCUCCUACAGCCCCUGUGAGGACUCCCCUUACCGCAAAAGCCUCCCCAGCCUGGAUCCCCGACCCCCCCUCGAUCCAGACACCCCAAAACUGGGCCUGGGUUCUUCGGCCGUGAACGGACUGAGCCCGGAGCUUUCCAUCAACGGCACCGCGUCUCCCAGUUACGAUCGGGGAUGCGGCGUGGGCAAAUCCGACCUCCUUUCGCGUUAUAUUCCCAUCUCUCCCGACCACGAGAUCAUACCGGCCACCCCAGACUCCCGCAGCAGGCAGCUGGGUAACCCGCUCCCCGACUACACCCGCUUCUCGCCUGCCAAAAUCGCACUACGCAGGCACCUCAACCAGGACUCCAACACCGCCCAGUUCAGGGGACUGGGCAGCGGACACAGGAUGGAUGUCGGAGCAGUUUCAUCCCCCCCUCUGGGGGUCAAACAAGGGUCACCUUCUCCCGGCUCGGCUGAGGUCCAAACGAAUGCCACACCCAAGAGCACAGAGAGGGCGAGCAAAGAGAAAAGUCCAGCCGGUCAAGGCGACACCAUCACCAGUCUGCCAAUUAGUAUUCCUCUCAGCACUGUGCACCCCAGUAAACUCCCAGUCAGCAUCCCCCUGGCCAGCGUGGUGCUGCCCAGCCGGGCCGAGAGGCUGAGGAACACCCCUAGUCCUGUGUCCACCCGGGAUGCUUCAGCAGGGCAGAGCAACGGCAAACAGCCCCUCACACCUACCUCAGGGUAUUCCUCUAACUCAGGGCUGGUGAACGGCUCGUCUCACGCGGCUCUCCCUUCGGCCGACCCGGACUGCGCCGCCUCCUCUCCUCCGCCCCACGCCACCCCCACGCUCGGCCCUCACUCCCACGCCUCAGGCCUCAGCCCCACCCUGGGGAACAGAGGGGUCCUGCAGUACGCCGACGGGCCGCCGCGGAUCCUCCCGGAGGAAGGGCCCGACCGCCAGGGCGACUCGGACACCGAGCUCCUCGACAGCGAGGCCAGGCGCCGCAUUUUCUUCUCUUCCUCCUCGUCUUCCUCCUCAUCCUCGUCCUCGUCCGGAGGGUCCCGGCACCACCUGGGCUCGGCCAAACAGGGCCAGCACCAUCUCAGCAACCACCACCACCAGGGGGCGUCGCAGCACUCGUCCCACUCGCACGAGGCACGCAAACGGGGUCGCCGAAAACGCAGCUCCUCGGGAGUUGUCACGACCAGCAGCUCCCCCAAAAGGAGGUCCUUCCCUGGGCUGGGCAGCUCCGGGCAUCCCUCUGGAUCCCCUCUCAAUAUAAGCUCUAUGGUAAACAACAUUAACCAGCCACUGGAGAUUUCUGCCAUCUCGUCGCCGGAGCAGUCUGGUCGAAGUCCCUGUGGUCCCGACCUGGAUCAGCCUCCUGUGCUGAAGAGGGAGCGCCCCCUGGAGGUGAACGGGUCUGGCCGCUACUCCUCUCCCUCGCCUAGCUCUGAGGAUGAAGAGACAGGUUACCCUGCAGACAGCUCCAGCUCCUCACGUAUUGAAAGGAAAAUCGCUACCAUUUCUCUGGAGAGCAGAGAUGGCCCAGUGAGAGGGGGAGACAGUGAGAGAGGUAAGAGGAGCGUGUCGGUGCGCAAAUCAGGGGCCAGCAGCGUGAGCAGCACAGGCAGUGAGGUGUCAUCCUCCUCUGCCUCAGCCAGCAAAUGGAAGUCCACUUUCUCCCCCAUCUCAGACCCCAAACCAACUCCACCUGACCUUCGACAGGGCGGCUCGCCUUUCGGGGUGGGCGUGUCCCGCGGCGCCGACUCGGAUUCAGACCAGAAACAGCAGCCGCACCAGAGGAGAGGGGAGGGUGGAGGACUGGAGCCUUACAUGAAUUCCAACCCCUUCCUGAGCCAAGAGGCGGUGUCUCGCCAACAGCCCGCCUCCGUGGGCGGAGCUCUUGAACGUCAACCCAAGCAGAAGCCCCGUGACUGGGACAUGAAGUCAGUGGGCGGGCCGGCCAGUCAGAAUCUCUUCAUAUCGGCGGCAGCCAGCGGCGGCAUCCUGAACGGGAAAGUGGGCGGGGCCUCUGUGGUCAGCUCCGCAUCGUCCGUGGGGCCGUACUUCCCUUUGAGCGGAGCCUCUGUCCUCCAGUCCUUAUUUGGUGCCCAGACGCCUGCCACGGCAGUGAGCGGAGCUCCACGACUGGUCAACGGCCACUCCUCCCUAGGAAGCUUCUCUAGCGCUGGGUUAGCAGGAGGUGCAGCAGGAGGGAUAUUUCACCAUAUGGUUCCCUCCGUGUCGUCUCAUCAGUUUGGGGCCAGCGUGUCGGCCCCCGGGGCCCUCAGCUCUCUGCUCAGCCUCUCCUCCUCCUCCUCCUCCUCGCAGCAAAGGCAUCAGGAUGCCCAAAAUCCCAAAUCCGGGGCUUCUUUCCUGGCCCCUACCCCCUCCGUCCUCCCCCUGUCUCAGGCCCAACAGUGCCGGAGUCAGACAGUCCUCCACACCCCCUCUCAGCCUGCGCUCCCACUCCCCCCGCCCCCUCCCCUCCUCAAUGUCUCCUCAUCCUCAUCCUCCUCAGCCCAGCCCCAGCCCUCCCCACCCCGCUCCGAGUCACCUGUCGCUACCUCCUCUUCAUCUUCAUCGUCGUCGUCAUCAUCGUCAUCCUCUCGUACCUUCACGGUUCACUACCCCCCGCUGUUGCCCCCUCCGCCCGCCUCCAGCAGUUCUGGAGCGCCCGCGAGUUCAUGGAGGACUUACACGGCCUCCCAGAUUCCCGGGUCCCGGCCCAGAUAG